GACGAGGCCGCCACCGGCAGCGAGGGGGGCGGGUCCGACUCCGAUUCCGACGGCGACGACUCCGACUGGGAGGGAGCCCCCCGCCGCCGCAGGGGCAAUCCCGGCGCCCAGAAGAGCCGGGCGGGGACCACYGAAGCCGGGACGCCGGCCCGGGACACGGACGGGGAGACCCCGCGGCGCCAGACCCGYGUCCGCUCCUCGCUUUGGAAGUGCACGAGCUGCGGGUUCGAGAACCACGCCUCGAACAAGGAAUGCGUCGCGUGCGACGUCCCCAAGCCCGGGUGCUUUCCGGACCUKGAGUAGGAGGCGACGGUGGAGCUCUCUGCGCCGCCGGUGGUGCCAGAAACAGUUUGCCGAUGGCUUUGGUCAUGGAAUCGGAUCGSAAUCCGAUAGUUUCAAAGUAUGUUACUGUAUGAAAAAUGCCCCUGGUUCAAGCUAUAGUCAAAAAAAUAACAAGAACAAUAUAGAUAUUAUGGCCAU